AUGAUAUCGGAGGUGGAGGAGGGGUCAAGCGCAGCAGCAGCAGACGCUCUAGCAGCUAGGAGCGCCGCCGCCAGCGCGGUGGCGAAGCCGUUCGUGAGCCGAAAGCUCGGCAGCUUCGAAAAGAUGCUCACACAAACUCGGGACGGCGCUGGCCCUGCCGAGGACGGCGUUCGGACUCUAACUACCCCGCACGUGUGGGCUGCCGUGAUCGACGGCGACUUGCCGAGGAGCUCGCUCAAGCGCGGGAUCGAGGCGGUCCUCGCCCGCCACCCCAUGCUCCGUGCUUGCAUCCGCACGCCGGACGGGCCUAAGGAACCGCUGAUCGACAUCCGGGGCGAGGAGCGAGAUGACGGGGACCCCCUCUACUUCUGUGAAUCCGAGUGCGAAUCGCUGGGGGCGCUGGCGGAGCGCGUCUUGGCCCCCGAAGAAGACGAGAUAUCCGGAGAUGAAGCUUUCGCGCGGGAGUGGCGGGGGCGGCUCGAGCGAAACCUGGACAACGCGCGGUUGCCGGUGUCCACUGGUCCGAAUUGGCGCGUGGAAACCAUCCGCCUUUCCGGGCGGGGAAGGCCGGGCCCCCGCCGCAGCCGCACCGCCCUGGUGUGCACCAUGAACCACGCCCUCGAGGACCAACGGAGCUCGAACGUGAUGCUGCAAGGGAUUUUAGAGGCCGCGGCUGGGAAGGCAGGCGGCCCCGCGCGUUCAGCCAAUGAUGCAGGCGGGUUUGAUCUGCCCCCGAGCAUGGAAGCUGCGAUUGUGGAGGGAAAAAGGUUCCGCAUAAACACGCUGCGGUACAUGUGGCGCCAAGCCACCGUGGCGAUCGCGAAGCCCAUGGUCUUGCCAGACGGGCUUCCCUCUGUAGAUGAGAGGAGCGAGGGGGGCGACGAGGGGCCAUUCGGGGUGUCGAGCCGGAAAAGCGCGUGCGAGUUUUCGUCGGUGCCGGCGGACGACGUAUCUGCGAUGCUUCAGGCGUGCAGAGAACGAGGGCUAACCCUGUCGGGAGCCCUGAGCGCCGCUUGCCUGAUGGCUUGCAGCGACGUCGCCCAUGCCGAGGGCAGCCGAGGGUCGAACCGUUACAAGUUCCUCCUGGCGGUUGACCUUCGGCGCUUCGGCACCGGAGACUACUCCGACAUGGGAGACUGGACGGGAGGCACCGUGGCGUGCGCCGGGGGGUCCAUCGACUACGCGGUGACGGUUCCCGCCGGGAGCGGGUCGAUGCUCGUGGGACGGGACGGGGAGGAGGCGGCGCGGGUGGCGCGGGAGGAGUUCUGGAGGCUUGCCAAGCGGUGCAAGACCGCCACGCAGGACAUGGUGGAGAAGGAAACACUGAGGGAGGCGGUGGCAGUUUUCGACUGGGCGAUGGAGAACAUACACAUUUGGGCUUCCGUCGACAUGCAGAGUCGAAACGCCAAGACCCUCGGGAGAGCCUACACGUGCGGUGUCAGCAACAUGGGGCGGUACCCAUUCGAUACCCAGGUGCGGUCUCCUUUUGGUACAGGAGUGCGGUCGGUUUCAUCCCCCUUCCUGCUUGUCGGUGCUACGAUGUGUGUAGGUAAUCUUUCUCUCAAGGCGGUGCACUACGGAACGAGCCAGUCAGCCCGCGGGAGUUUAUUCCAGCUCAGCUGCGGUACGAUAGACGGAGAGCUUUUCAUGACGCUGCAGUUUGCGGAGCCCCUUGUGACACGAGAAGCAGGGCAGGCCUACUUGCGGGGCAUCAUCGACAACGUGCGGGCUGCGUGCGGAAUUUCCUCACGACCGGCGGCAGACACCCGUUGUAGUUUACACACACCCUCUCAAAACGUUCGGGGGGGUUCCAGUCUAAAAAUGGUAUGA